UUCACAUUCACACUGAACUGGAUGCAGAUAUGCUAGAGAGCUCGUGCUGAUGCUGGAUGACACUGUGGACUAAAAAUGAAUUUUCUGCCAGUACUCGUUGUUCUUUGUUUCUGUAUUGUUCACACUCAGGGUUUUAAUGUGGGGACUGCAGGAGCUAAAAUCUUCUCAGGUGUUGCGGAAGAAGAGUUUGGCUACACUGUACAACAGUUUAGCAAUAAUCAAGGAAAAUGGCUGCUGGUGGGUUCACCCUGGAGCGGAUACCCUCAGAAAAGAAAAGGAAGUCUCUAUAAGUGUGACAUUAGUGCUUCUGGAGGAGCCAACUGCCAAAAACUAAACCUUGCAGACUCUGUCAGCAUAGAUGGUGUGCAGAGCAUCAACGCCAACAUGAGUCUGGGCCUGACUCUCACUCCAUUAGCUGAACCUAAAGGAACGAUGACGUGUGGUCCUCUGUGGGCUCAGCGCUGUGGCAGUCAUUACUUUUACCCAGGAGUCUGUAUUGUAGUAAACCCACAGUUUACGCUUCAGUCAUCCUUCUCUCCUGCCCUUCAAACUUGUGGUGGGCCCAUGGAUGUUGCCAUUGUUUUGGACGGAUCAAACAGUAUAUAUCCAUGGCCUGACGUUAUAAACUUUCUCAUUAAGCUUUUGGAAAAUCUUGAUAUUGGACCAGAUAAAACCAGAGUCUGUAUUAUGCAGUAUUCGGAGGAUUUGUCCUUUCAUUAUAAUUUUAGUUCUGACCAAAAUAAAGAAAAACUUCUUUCAGUAGCUUCUGUUAUUGAACAAAAAACUGGAAUAGUAACCAACACUUUUGCAGCUCUUGACAAUGUCAGACAGACAGCUUUCCUACCAGAAAAAGGUGGCCGUCCCAAUGCCACUAAGGUGUUGGUUGUGGUAACAGAUGGAGAAUCUGCUGAUGGUCAUAAAGGUCAAGAGGUCAUUGAGAGAUGCAAAAGAGAGGGCAUCAUUCGCUUUGGCAUUGCUAUUCUCAAGCAAAGUGCCAAUAUUCAAAUAUUCAUCAAGGAGAUUGAAUUGAUCGCUAGCACUCCAACAGAGAACUACAUGUUCAAUGUGUCAUCAGAGGAAGCACUAAUCAAUAUCGCAGAAACUCUGGGGGAAAGAAUCUUUAACAUUGAGGGCACCAGUCAAGGUCAGGAAUUUCAACUGGAGAUGUCCCAAGUAGGAUUCAGCGCACACCAGACCAAUAAGAAGGAUGUGAUCAUGCUGGGUGCUGUUGGAGCGUAUGGAUGGAGCGGGACCAUCGUCCAUCAAACAGCUGAGAAAUCACACAUUUUCCUCAAAAAUGCUUUUGAGAAAAUCCUGGAUGACAGAAACCACAGCUCACUACUUGGAUACUCUGUCACAUCUGUAAUUGAUGGCUCGUCUGAGUUUUAUGUGGCCGGUGCUCCUCGUGCCGCUCAUAGAGGACAGGUCAUAGUUUACAGUAUCAACAGCCAGAAUCAGCCGGUCAUCGUAGAUUCACAGAGAGGAGAUCAGAUUGGCUCUUAUUUUGGCAGCGUUCUCUGUCCUGUUGAUGUGGAUGCUGAUGGUGUGACUGAUCUGCUGCUGGUCGGAGCUCCGAUGUAUAUGAGCGAGGAGAAAUCUGAAACCGGAAGAGUCUACCUCUUCACCAUUAACAAAGGCAAAUUAAGCAACCAGGGGAGGUUAGAGGGAUCCUCCGCAUCUGAGAAUGCUCGGUUUGGGACAGCCAUUACUGCUGUCCCCGAUUUAAACCUGGAUGGCUUCAGUGAUGUGGUGGUUGGUGCUCCACUGGAAGGCAAUGGCCAAGGUGCCGUUUACAUCUACUAUGGAGACAGAAAAACCAUCAGAAAGCAGAGCUCACAGAAAAUUGUUGGAACAAAACUGGACCCAGCACUGAAGUUCUUCGGCCGCUCUCUGGACGCCAGUGAAGAUAUGAAUGGAGACUCUAUCCCAGAUGUUGUGGUGGGGGCUUUUGGGAAAGUGGUCCAACUCUGGAGUAGAGGAGUUGCAGUCGUCCUGGCGAAGGUUUCCUUUACCCCUGACAAGAUUAGUAUCCUGAGUAAACCAUGUCGCUAUAGCGGGAGGCAGGUGUCCUGCUUCAAAGCUAAAGUGUGUUUCAGAGCAACAUUUAAACCAGCAAAUCCACUGGGGCCAGUGGAUAUCAAUUACAACUUGACCCUGGAUGCCAACCUACAGUCAUCUCGGGUCAGCCCUAGAGGUCAUUUCAGCAACUUGGAUCGAGUCGUCCAGAAAGACAUUAGCGUCUCUGUGCAGGACUUAUGUGAAGAGCAUGACUUGUAUGUGCAGGAGACCCCUGACCUUGUCAACUCGAUUGCUUUGCGUGUGGACAUAGUUGUUAGCCAUCCAGACGCCAACCCCGUUCUGGAUGUCUUCAGUACUACUGCAUGGGAGUUUUUUAUCCCGUUCUCAAAGGACUGUGGUCAAGAUGACAUUUGCUUCAGUGACUUGGUUCUGACUGUGCAGAGAGAGGAGACACUCGGCAAAACUCAACUGGUGGUCAGCCAGAACAAGAGAAGGCUCUCCUUCACUGUGACUGUGAUGAACAGAAAGGAAAAUGCGUACAAUGCUCGAGUGUCGGCCCUCUACUCCAGUAACCUGUUCUAUUCUUCUGUUACACCACAGACUGAAGGAGCAGAGGUGAAGUGCACUCUAAUGAAAGAAUCAUACACACUUAUCUGCCAAGUUAGUUAUCCAGUGCUGAGAACGGACCAAUCGGUUACAUUUGUGGUCAACUUUGAAUUUAACUUGAAUCAGCUUCAAAAAAAUGCCAAUGUUGUCUUCGAAGCUUUAAGUGACAGCACAGAGGAAGCUCCCGCUGAUAAUAAGAUCUCUGUCUCCAUUCCUGUCCAAUACAACUCUGAGAUUAUCCUCAGCAGAAAUUCAAACAUAGAUGCUUAUUUACUUGAAAAAGAUAAAAAUUUCACAACCACAGUGAGGAAUUUCAAGGACAUCGGCCCAGAUUUUAACUUUAAUUUAAAGGUUUCUACAGGAACUGUACCAGUCAGCCUGGUUUACCUCACUGUCUCGCUGCCCAACAGCACUAGAGCAGGAAAUCCUCUCCUCUACAUAACCAGCAUUAAAACCUCACCUGCUGAAAACAUCCAUUGUUCAGGCAGUCAUCUGAUCGACCAGUUUAAUAUAACUGAAAAACCUUAUCCAGCCCGAUUCACAGAGGAGAGUUUCAGAGGAACAAAUGAAUUGAACUGCAAAACAGCCACAUGUCGCUCAGUUCAGUGUGUCUUAAAGGACCUGGAGGAGAAAAAUGAUUAUUAUGUGGAUGUAACGACAAACAUAUGGAGUGGUACAUUUGCGAUGGCUGAUUUUCUGUACACUGUGAUCUCUGUGACAGCUGAGAUAGAGACAUCUCGACCAGAGCUGCUGUUCAUCGCAAAGAAACACCUGCAGAUUAAAGUCCAAGUGAGCAACCCUGGAGCUAAAGGGGACGUUCCAGUGGGCGCCAUCAUAGGGAGCGUUAUCAUUGGUCUGUUGGUAUUGGCUCUUGCCGUCGCAUUGCUUUGGAAGCUUGGAUUCUUCAAGAGGAAGUAUCAAUCGAUGAUGAACAUGGCUGAGGGUGAAGAAGAAAAUCAGAAACUGCAGGCAAACAGCGAGACACUUUAAGAAAUCUGUCGAGUCUCAAUCAGCAUUAUCACUGCUUCCUUCUCUUAGAGCAGACUGGGUUUUCAAAAAAUGUCAAUUUGAUUUCAGUGCAGCAAGUGAAACACUGGCAUCCAAAGCCCAUUCAUCUCUUUUUGUGUUUUAUAUCCCUGCUUGACUUGAAUGCUGGUGUAUCUUUUUGGCAGUCUAAACAUCCAUUCAUUAAGGUAGUUAGUAUUCAACUAGAUCUUUUUGACUAUUGUGACUCAGGAUCAAAGUGUACUUUUCUCUACGUGUAGCUUUUCAAAG